GUCGAUUUUGGGGGUUUUAACAUGACUUGAGUCACUGGAGUGUGCUUAGUUAGAGGCAACAAUUGACUUUGUAAGCAUUAUGGAAAUGCUGGUGUGAGGUCUUCAGGAGACUAUGGAGAAAAAAUGGACAUACUGUGCUAUCUACUCCAUCAUCCAGAUACAUUUCAUCAGGGGACUGUGGGAAGAAACAUUCAGUGCAGGAGAAGAUAUUUAUGCUCUUCCUGGCUCUGAUGUCAACCUGACCUGCCAAACACAGAAGAAAGGCUUCUUGGUGCAGAUGCAAUGGUCCAAGAUUUCUGACACCACAGACCUAAUUGCCCUUUAUCACCCCCAAUAUGGCUUCUACUGUGCCAAUGGGAAUCCCUGUGAGUCACUUGCAGCAUUUGCAGAAGCUCCUGGGAAUGUGUCAAAAUGGACUUUGCAUUUAAGGAAUAUGUCUUCCUCACUCAGUGGAAAGUACAAGUGUAGCUUUACUCUGUAUCCAGAGGGCAUUUGGACUAAAAUCUACAACCUUCUCAUUCAGCCAAAUGUUAUACAGGAUGAGUGGAGAACCAACCAGACAAUAGAAGUAGAGAUAAAUCGGACUCUGGAAAUACCAUGCUUUCAAAACAUCUCCUUAGAAAUUUCUUCUGAGUUCACCUUUGCAUGGUUGGUGGAGGAUAAUGGAACUCAAAAAACACUUAUUGCCCAAGAUCAAUCCAUCAGAAAUUCCACAUGGUUUAAAGACAGAGUCAUGCUAGGUACAAACUAUGGACUCUACCUUUCUCCAAUCCAAAUCCACGAUGAUGACCGGAAGUUCUCUUGUCAUGCUGUAUUCAGGCCUGGUAAAAUCUGGACGAGCAGCACCACAGUCAAAGUUUUUGCUAAGCCAGAAAUCCCCAUGAUUGUGGAAAAUAACUCUAUGGAUGUCUUGGGAGAGAGAACAUUUACCUGUUCACUGAGGAAUGUAUUUCCCACAGCAAAUCUCACAUGGUUUAUAGAUGGAGGCUCUCUUCAAGGUGAAAAAAAAGAAAUAUACAUUGUUAAUGAGGAGAGAAAAGACAAAGGCGGAUUUUUGGAACUGAAGUCUGUUUUGACAAAGAUCCAUAUUAGUGAACCAGCCCAAUCGACCAACCUGACCAUUUGGUGUAUGGCUCUGUCUCCAGGCCCUGGAAAUAAAGUGUGGAAAAUCUCAUCUGAAAAGAUCUCCAUUUCCUUGGGCUCUGUGACUCCUCCAUCCCAUCCUUCACCCAACAGAACAGAUUCCACCCAUAGCACCCAAUCUUCUCCAGCUGACGGCAUUUCUCCUACAAGAUGGCUAGCUUCAUCUUCAAUAGCCCUUGUAGAAGUGAGCACAUCAACUCCAAAUGCUACCCCUCAAACCAACAAUUCCAUUGUGACUACCCACAGCUUCAACUACCCCUGGACCUCCAGCGAGAAAGAUGUCAAGCAAUCUGUUUCAUGGAUGCCCAGUGAAACGCAUAGUUCAUCCCCCUCAGGUACUGUGGCUAAUAUGCCCAAAGACGGAGUGUCCUGGCCAGUGAUUGUAGCAGCUUUGCUCUUUCUCUGCCUGGUAAUUUUUGGUCUUGGAGUGAGAAAAUGGUGUGAAUAUCAAAAAGAAAUCAUGGAAAGACCCCCACCUUUCAAGCCACCACCACCUCCCAUCAAGUACACUUGUAUUCAGGAGCCCAUUGGAAGUGAUCUACCUUGUCAUGAGAUGGAGACACUCUAGUCCUCUGAGACAGCCAUGCAGCAGAGCCCUGCUGGAGUCCUACUAAGAAGGUAGAUAUUGUGCUUUGUUAAUAUAAUUGCCCUGCAGCGAAGCCUCUGCUGAGAGCUGAAAUGGAUCUCAGAAGUGAAUGACCUGUUUUUCCAGCAACUCGCCCUUUCAUUUGCAUAUGUCUGAAAUGUAAGCAAGAGUAUGAAGAUAGGUGGUGCUCACACCCAGUGCAAUCUGUUGGGAUUUUCUUGCUUAUGCAAGAAGUGAAAAUUAGACUGUUACCGUUAAAAAUAUUGGCAGAGUUUUUGUUUUUCAUUUUAAUUGUCUGAUUUUGAUGACAGCAGUGGCUUCAAGCAUAUGCCUAUACCAGAUCCUCUUUUUGAGUAUCUGCCAACAUUCUAAUGUUUGUCAAAAUUAUGAUAAUCUCUGAGGUUUUGCUAGAUUCCCCAAGUAAAUUCCAACAAGAAGAAGAAGAAAAUGUGAAAGAAGGUCCUAGCAGAGGUCCAAAUAACAGAGACAUGUGGCUAGUCUUGGUGCUGAAAAUUCUGUGAUUUGCUUUCACCUGGAGAAAUCAGAACAACUUUCACAAAAGCCAUAUUUCCAAUCCUCCUUCAGCCUUCCUUCCAUCAUGUUCAGCACAGAUUCCUGCCCCAGGAAACAGUAUGAGUAGGGAUCAGAGAGAUAACUAGACAACAUCCAAGUAGCCUAGUAGGUAUGACAUCACUGACCUCUAAAAUUGUGUGAGCUCAGAGUGGUCUCAUUUUCAGCUUUGUGUGUGUGUGUGCACGUGCAUGUGCUCCCAUAAGCAUCAAACUAUUACCAAACAGACAAGUAAACAGGCAGCCUAACACCAAUCCAACUUUCAAUUCCCAUUAUACUCUUUUUCAUCUGAGGAAUUUCCUGUUCAUCCAACCUGCCUGUUUUGGCCUGUCAUGAAACAAAGAACCUGAAAGAAAUGAGUGUUUGAGUAAUUAAGCAUGCCCCUACCAAUCUUUUAUGAGACACUUGAACCAGAUUGUGUAGGUGACAGAGAAGAAACCUAACCAGGUCUUUAGUCAGCAAUAAUCUGUGAGUGAAAAAAUUACUGAUUCCCCUUCCUCCCCAACCUACUCCUACCUUCCCUCACUGCAAGAGGGAAGAACAGAUGUUGACAGAUACAAUGAUAGGCAAAGUCCAUGUGGACUUUAAUCCCAAAAGGAAUCACAGUGUACUUUACCUUGGCUGCACAUGAGAAUCACUUGGAGAGUUUUUAAAAAUAUUUUGGCUGUCCCACUACAGACCAGUUAAAUCCGCAUCUCCAAGGGGUGGGGCCCAGGCAUUAGUACUCCCCAGAUGAUUCAAAGGUUCAGUCAAGAUUGAAAACUGCUGAACCAGUGGAAAUCCCUUCUCGUUGAUCAUAAUUCUUGGUUAGGUUCUUAGUUCUUAUGGUGCCCAGCCUCCAAUAGGGUCCCCAAUAAUUCCUGCCCCCUGGUUAUGCAUGCCCUAUUAUAGUUAUCUCCAACACUGAAUAUAGUUGACCUGCCUAAUCCAGGGCCAGGACUAGCAGAGGCAAGUAAGGCACCUAGGACCCAAAAUCGAAGGAAGUAUUCACAUGCAAGGUCAUGGAAGUGUCAACUCUGCGCUUGAAUUAUCCUGAGAGUGUCAGACAGACCCGGUACACAAGAUAUUGCAGAAAUGACCAAAGUGUGGCUUCCAAGACUAGGUCAUAAAAGACAUUGCAGCUUCCGCCUUGUUUUCUCUUUGAUCAUUUGCUUUGUGGGGGCGCCAGUUGCCAUGUCAUGAGACACUCAAGCAAUCCUAUUGAGAAUUACCCCUGUCAAGGAACCAAGGCCUCCUGCUAACAGCAAACAUCAACUUGCCAUUCCUGCGUGUGAGCCACCUUGGAAGCAGAUUCUCCAGCGCUCCCCGCCCCCUGCCAUCAAGCCAUCAGUGCAUUGCAACCUCAUUUGACCUUUUGACUGGGACCUCAUGAUAGAUCUAGAACCAGAACAACCUAGCUAAGCCUCUACUGAAUUCCUGACCCACAGGCCCUGUGUGAAAUAAUAAAUGUUCAUUCUUUUAAACCA